UUCACGGCCUUCAACAUACUGCAGCGACGGAACAUGCUUCUCCGAACGGCUCUGAAAGCAAAAAAAUCAAGUUUUCCUGUCUUAGCAAGUCAGUUUGCUUCAGUAACACCCAGUGCAAUUGCAGCUGUUUCUGAACGGUUUGCAAGAGGUGAUAUGGUUUCGUUCAGGAACUCAGCCGAACGUACGGUACUUCAAUUAAUGCAACAGGUUAAUCUCGUUACAUCUUCAGUUCCUGGUUCCGCAUCCGCUUUAGUCAAUAUGAGAAAUGAAAUCAGAGCCUUGAUGAUUGACCAAGGCUUACCCAGUUUUUACAUUACCAUAAAUCCUGCUGAUGUCUACAAUCCACUUGUCAAGUUUCUUGCUGGAACUGAUAUUGACAUCGAUUGCAUGUUGCCACAAGAGGUACCUGAGUACUGGGACCAAGCAGUUCUUGUCGCGAAAAACCCCGUUGUGGCGGCUAAGUUUUUUAAUGUUUACCUGAAAGCAUUCAUU